UGGUGAGCCGUUUCCUGUUACUCAUUGGUCAUCAUACACUAAUGUGGACAUUGUAUCUGUUUUAUAAUCAAAGUUGACUGAUGUCCAGCUUCGGAUGUUUAGGGAAAGCUGUUUUGGCUAUUUCCUUGAUUUACCUCGAGUUGUUAUCCAGGCACAACUUAUUCGUUCUUUAAUGUUUAGGGAGUUGGUUCAAGAUAAGUGUGAUCAAUUUUAUGUGAAAUUGAAUGGCGAAUGUGUUUUACGUUUUGGUUUUCGAGAAUUUGGUAUUGUAAGUGGUUUAAACUGUUGUGGUAAUGAAUAUGUUGAGGGUAAAUUCAGUGGACCCAAUAAGUUGGUGGAUACUUAUUUUUCUGGUUUUGAAGCGGUGUCAAAGAAGUCACUUAUUGAUUGUUUUGAGAAGAAGAAAUGACAGUCUGAUGAAGACGCAGUUAAGAUUGCAAUCAUUUAUUUCAUAAACACAUUCUAAUGUCCACUCAGGCUUAGAAGACAUUUAUAAGUAGACGUGAUUUUCACCUUGUCGAGAGUGGUGAGUAUGUGUCGUUUCCAUGGGGUAAGAUUGCGUUUCGGGCUUUAAUGAAGUCGGUGAGGGACAGGUUGAGGGGAAAGUCUGAGUUUUAUAGGAUUGGUGGAUUUCCUCUUGCACUACAGGUGUGGUUCUAUGAAUGUUGCACUGUAGUUGAUGAAAAGUUUGUUGUUCGCGUUGGAGAUCAUACACCACGCAUCAUGAAUUGGGAAGCCAACGCGUGAGGACUUCUCUAAUGGUUUCUUCAACAUCACAGGGAAUAAGUUUAAAAAUAUCUCUCCGACAAUUGAAGAGCUAUGAAGAUUUACUUUGCCUGUUGAAGUUACCGAUGAGUAUCAGAAAUAUUUGACAUCACAUAACAGGGGAAAACUUCCUAUUGAUGAUAGCGAUGAUAUUGUCACGCCACCCCCGAAACACAUUAAGGAGCAUGCCCCCACCAAAAAAGGUGCCAAAAAAUGUGCCAGAUGUCUAACCUGUUGAUUAUGACCGUGAGUUGCAGAAGUUGAAAGUUGAUGUGAAGCAAAUAUCUCCAUAAGCAGUUAAAUUCCUUCAUGGAUUAUGUUUCUGAUAAAUUCAAGGAGCUCUUUGAGUUGAUAAAUUCCAAGCUUGGUGCAAGCAAAGUCAAAUAUGGUGCACAUCCAGAGGAAGACACCAGUGGUCGUCAAGACAAUAAUGAUUUUGUGAGCAAUAUGGAGUUUGGUGGCAAUGAAGAUGUUGAAAUGGAUGGUUGUCAGGUCGGUGGAAGUGAAGGCAAAGAUGUUCCACAUUCUCAAAGAGAUACUAGUAUAAUAGAUUAGUUAGAUGUCAAUGCUAUAGAAGGACCUUAUGGUGUGAAAGUUGACAUGUUUGUUGCUAAAGUAACUUUCUGUCACGACCCUAAACCCGGACCCGGUCGUGAUGGCGCCUCUCGUGAAGACAAGGCCAGCCAA